CGGGUGUGUUCUUCGGUCGGUUUUGAAAUCUCCACAGUGCGAAAAGUGCAGCAAAUUUGUGAAGACUCAUACAGAAAGUUUGUUGGGGAAAAAGUUGAAAAUAUUAAAUUUAGACGGGGAACAUUGAGCAAUUUUUGAACUGUAUGUGUUAAAAGUUCGUGUGACGUUUAAUUAUUUAAAUUCAGACAAAUAUAGUCCGAGCUGAGAAGGAAAGAGAAUAAGGUCCAGUAGGCGUGAACAAAGUAAAAGGGAAUAAGAAAGUACGGAUAAAAACGUAACGUUAAAAUGGAGCACGAGGAUAAUGCGCAUUUGGACAAUUUUUUGCAAAAUUCUCAACAUUUAAUGGAGAAUUUGCAGAUGGAUAGUGGUGAUGGUGUGUGUGAUAAUGUUGCUGUAGAUGAGAUUGGGGGAAAAUUUGAGGUGCAUGAAGAGCAUGAUGAAGAGGAAUGGAAAUAUAUCAAAGAAGGGCAGCAGAGCGAAAAGCAACAGCAACAGCAGCAGUUGAAAGCCAGUGUGGCUUGUAAAGACGUGGAAGGCGUAGAGGAAGUUGGCAACGGGCAUGGAUAUGGAUACGAGCAUGGUGAUGUCGGUGCCGAUAUACUUUUGCUAGACCAUCACGAAGUUGGUAACGGUGUCGUUGGCAUUUCAGCCGCAGUUGACGCAGACGCUGACAAUGCCGCAACCGGCAUUGAAGAGAAUGGAGAAGUCGACGUAGAAGUAAUAAAAAAUGAUGGUGAUUUUUCAACAACUUCAAAUACUACCUCUACAGCCGGUGAAGACGGCUAUGCAGAUACCGGUGUGUUGCAAGUGCAAAUGCAAAUUGAACAUAUACCACAAGAGCAAUUAAUACCAAAACAAGUUGAAGAUCUGUUGGACGAAGGUACUAAUAUAGGAAGCAUGGCGGAUGAGACCGAAGAGGACGACCCUAGUUCUUUGGCAACCAAUAAUACUAAUCGAACAAAUAGCCUUAGUGAGAGUGCUCCACAGCAAGAAUUACAACAAAUACCAAUUGAAGACAAUAUUAUAAAGAGUGAUGAUUUUUCAAAUGAGGACAAAGAAAAUAACGUUCCAUCACUUACCAAUGUCCAUGGUGAUAUUCCUUUCGAGGAAACAACUGGAAAUAGUGAUUAUGAAUCAGAAAUGCACUCUCAAUUAAAUCCGAAUGCAAUAGAAUUUGUUCCAAACUUUGGAUCAAACCCUACUUCUCCAACUAUCGAUAAUAAAGAAUUUGUUGUUGAUGAAGAUGUUUCAAAUAGUGUUGAGGAAAUACCAAUACGAACACAACCAAACUCACUUCCACGGCACCUACUGGGCGAUGAUGAUUUUGUUGCUCAGAGCCCACGCAAGGGAAGUGCUGAAACCAACUUGGACGCUAUUGCUUUACCAGAAGAAAAUGAUUUUGAGCACGAAGCUGCAAAACGUCCGCAUGAAUUGGAACAAGAAGAUGAUUUGAUUGCUGUGGGUACGGUAGAGCACUCACAACAAGAUGCUCAAUUAAUUCAAGAACAUUUGGAAAGUCUCAAUAGUUAUAGCGUGAAUAUGCUUGAAUUAGAAAGAAAUGCGAAUGAAUAUUGUUCAGAUAUACUCAGUCAAUCGCCAUUAAACUUAAUCGAUCAUGGUCCCGAAACUUCUGUCGAUUUAGAUACAGACUCACAACCGGUUGAUGUUGAAAAAAUCGAGGAAACUCAUGAGAACCCUAAAGAAAAUGUUGAAAUUAUCGAAGAUGUCUUUAAUACGGUACAACCAUUACCAAUAGAUUUGAACAACUCAUUUGUUGAGGAAUCAUCGCAUCAAGGAUUUACCGUUGAGGGGAAAGAGUUGCUUGAUGUAGAUGAAAAAGAAAAUAUUUCGCAUUCGCCGUCUACGGAAGAAAUGCAAAUGAACUUACAAAACGAAUUACAUUCCUCAGUGAAGGAUAUUCCACAAAUUCCGAUCGAUAUGGACAACGUUGCAAAUAUGCAAGAAUCGUUUUAUCUAGAAAGUACUUCCUCUGAAGCUCGUAAUCAACUUGCAUCGGGUAUUGACUUAACUUCCGUUGAUGAACCGAAUUUGUAUACUGACGAAAUCCAAAUCCCUAAUGUGGAGGAACAAAAAUCUGCCAUCGGUGGUCCUUCAUUUGAAAGUGACCGAAACUCUGCACCUGACACUUUUGAAUGUGAGCCAGGUACUGUUUUCGAUGCUUCGCCUACGUCUUUGAAUAUAUUCGCACCAGAGUUUACGCCUACACAGAAAUCAAUCGAUGCUGAUAUGAUAUCACCCUCUCCUGUAUCAACUGAAGAGAAACACCUAAUCGAAGAAACCAAAGAACAAGCAACACUAAGUGAAACAACAGAAGAGCCUGAGCAAAAAAUGGAUGAUUUAAUAAUAUCUUCAAAUGAUGGAAUCCUCUCACAGGUAGAGGAGGUUGCACAAACAGCAGCUAACAUCGUUGAAAGUAUGAAUCCAUUUGCUACUUCAGAACCCGAACAAGACGCAUCUGUUGAACAGCCAUCAAUUGAAGCGGAUCAUGCAUUUUCAGCAUUUUCAACCGAACUGCAGCCAGAUGCUGGCUUUUCGCAGCAAAACGAACAAAGCUACUACAACGAACCACAGGAGCAACAACACUUGAAGGAGGAAACAGCAAAGUCCACAUUUGAACAUCACGAAGACAAUUUAUUCUUGACAAAGCCAGAAGAUGAACAACCACUAGUAGCGUCCCCUGAGAAAUUGGAGUCUGAAUUAAAUGGAUUUGAGGAGCACAUACCUGCUUCCAUAUCUGUGGAAAGCUCGAAUGCUGCUCCAUUUGAGCCAGAGCCAGUAGAUUUAUCAGUUGAACCAGUGCAUGAAGAGGCUCAUUUGGAACUGGUGGAGUCCCCAAUUGCUGAGCCCGCACAUGAAGAGGCUCAUGUGGAACUGGUGGAGUCCCCCGUUACUGAGCCAGAAUAUGCAGCUGUAUCUGAGCCAGAACUUAAAGCUGUGCCAGAGCCAGAAGUACAAUCAGUUUCUGAGCCAGAGCUUAUUACGCAGCCAGAGUCGGAGGUAGAGGUACUCCACUCGGAGCCUGUAAAUGUAUCAGGUGAGAGCAGUAAUUUUGAUGCAAAUGCUUCGGCUGUGGCUGAACCAAUUUUGGAAACUUCAGAUCAGCCCUCGGUGCCUACUCAUUCAGAAACUACUAUAGAGUUAGCUGCUAAUGAAACCACACCGUCAGCCGUUGAAGAAACCGUGAUCGCUGCUGCUGCUGUAGGUGCUUUGGCAGCUACAGCUGGCGCCGUAAAAGUUGCUGCGGAUGCCCGCAAAAAACCAGAGGUUAAACAGGCUCGUACUCCAACUUCGACGAAAACAAAGGGUAUCGAUGUUAAAAAGGCUGCAGAACCAGCUAAAAAACCGGUUGGCAAAACUACUCUUUCAACAGUGUCUGCCGCUAGACCACGUACUGCUCCGGCUAAGACGACUGCUACCGCUGAGAAAAAACCGGCUACAACUACAGCUUCAACUAAAUUGUCAGCUACUACUGCUGCUCGCAAGCCUCUAACGUCUACCACUGCAGCGUCUCGCACAGUUACUAAGACAACAACUACAACACGCCCAACGACAGCACCGACUGCUGCUAAAUUGACUGCUUCGCGUACCACUACCUUGUCUACUGCACGUCGUUCAGCACCAACUACUACAGGGGCAUCGACGACUGUUUCCAAUGGCACAACCACCGCCAAGCCCAAACCAACCAGCAGUGCACCUACUAAGCCAACAACUUUGGGUCUUUCGGGUACAACCAAACCGAAGUUGUCAUCACCUCGCACCACUUUAACAUCACAACUACGCAAGGCUCCAACUAGCACAGGUACUGGUCUAGCUACGACUAAAAGUCCUCUUAAGACCACAGCACCAACUGCUAAUGGCGUAACUAAAAGUUCGACCACUACAACUGCUGCAAGUCGCGCUAAGAGUUCAACUUCAACCACUACCACUACAACAACUACAACUACUAAGACUUUUACUGCUCGCCCUGCUCCGAAGACUACGCAUUCAUCCACAUUAUCAUCGACUACGACACGCCGCACUGUAGGUAGUGUAUCGAUUAGUGCAACAGCUGCAAAAACCUCCAGCAGUACGUUGCAGAAAAAGACUCCACCGGGACCUACUAGACCAUCAACAGCUGGCAAAUCGUCACUUUCGCCUACGAAAACGACAAACUCACUUCUGAAAGCGAAAACCAAAGAUGUAACUAAGAAAGCAGUAACUCCAACUAAAUCAUCAAAUCUUUUAAAAAAUAAACCUACCGUAGAACAGACAAAAACAAAUGGUACCGCUGCUAUAGGAGCAGAAGAACCUACUGUUAUUCAACCGGAGCAGACACCCCAAUUGAAUGGUAAAGGUGACGGUGACGCUCUGCAGCUGAUAGAGAAUGGUAUCCAUAAACUUGAGCUAGAGAAUGGUGAAGAGCCUCUAUUGGAGCAGCAUAUACAGGCAUCUCUGAUCGAUGCUUAAAGGGAAGGAACAGAAAGAAGACUUUGUAUUUUUUAAAGUGCAGUAAGCAAAAUGAAGAAAUGUUAGAUCAAAGAAAGCGAUCGUCGUCAUUUAAUAAUAUUUAUUUUUGUGGGGGAACUUACCUUUGGACAAGUAGACAUAAUGCACAAGGUACUUGGUGGAAAGCAGUAUGGAUUGAGGAGGGGUAGGUAAAAGCAGAUGCGCAUAAUUUUUACAAUUCUAUUGCUGCGCAGAUUGCUAUUCACAAUCAAAACAAAUAAAAUUAGAAGAGUAUUCUGAUGGAGGAAAAUAUUAUUUUAGACGAACUUUGAUAAGAAAGAUGCGAUUCAAUGAGAGAUAGUAGAAAUUCACAUAAUAAACGAAUAAUUCUCGAUAGUGGAGUACGGAUGUGACUAGAAAGAAAGUGUAAUGAAAUUGACAAUUAGGUGGCGAAACGAACAAAAACUAUAAAAAUGAAAUAAUUGCGAUAGUCUCUGCAUGAAUGUAAAAGUGCACAUCCCAAAUAUGUAGGUUUUUGAUAUAAUCGCUUGAAAGUAAUCUUCGUCAAGUUGCAUGGUUCUCUAAAGUGUUUACCUUUUCAAAAAAGGGAACACAUUUUUAAUGUGUAUUUGUUUAAUUUAUAUUCUACGUUUUUUCUUGUUUUGAAUAGUUCGGUGUCUAAUGUUUUCAAAUAGUUUUUUCGCUCUUUUAAAUCGGACAAGACUUCUAUGGCGAAUUUUGCUAUUAUAUUUGUCAUUUACGCUGAUUUGUUUACUCCUUUUAUUGCAUACCCAUAUUUAAAGACAAAAAUAUUUAUUGUUUCAGUUAUUUUUUUAUACUCAUUAUCAUCCAUGGAUUAAUGUUGGAAUGCUCAUCGUUAAUUAUUAUGUUUUCCUGUUUAUCAUAGUAAUUUUUUUAUUUUUGUCAUUUAUUUAAAUAGUUGAUUUUGUGCUGGUGAAUGUAUGGGAAAGACGAAAAACGAAAUAAAAAAUCAUAAAAUUUAUGAAAAAGCUAAAGAAAAAAAAUUUCUUAUUACCACUUUGUGAGCCAGUAGUUUUUGGCCUAACAACGACAACUAAUAUUACGCAAAAAAAAAAUUAAGAAAUAUUAAAUGCAAAAACUAAGCAUAACAAAAAAAUAAAUAAAAACUUUAUAUUAAAAAAAAUGUAUGCGCGGAACGCGUCAUAAGUAAAAAUAUACGAAAUGAAAUUAUCUUUUAUACACAUACAUAUGUAUAUGAAUAUCUAUUAAAUAUUAGAUGGCAUGCGAAAGAUCUUUUAAUCUUUAAUCACAUUAACGAUCGAAUUGUGCAUUUUUGAUAUAUUUUUGUACUUCAUUAUUCUGUUCCUGUUUACAAUAUGUGAGUAAAUGUAUAACACAAGAAAACGAAGCAGUAUACUUAACUAUAAACAAACAAAAAAAAAACAAAAAACAAGUUAAUAUUAUUUAUGAAACAAAUUGUGGACUUGCUGUGCUCCUACCCAGUGUAUUAUUAUUAUUUUUGUAAUUUUCUUCCGAAAUUCCUACUUUUGAUUUGUGCUCCUUUGUAUUAUUUCUUUUAAUUUGUUUAAAUUAAAAAAGAAAUUCUCAACUUAUAAGUCUGUCGAAACAUACAUAUAUAUAUAUAAUAUUAUAUUAUUCUCAAAACUACGAUAAUUUUUACGAUAAACUUGUACGCAAAACAAAAAAACGAUUAAAAAGCUACAAAAAAAGAAUAAAAUUAAUUUUUGUGUUUUAUUUUAGUUUUUAUUUGUAUAAUUUAGUUAGUAAUAAUAUUAUUUUUUGCCAUAUCAAAUCUUCCUACUGCACAUACUUUAUACAUAUGCACUAGCUCGUUCAUAAAUUAAACUCACACCUGCAAUUGCGAGGAUCAAGCCAAAUAUCUGGUGUUUACGAACACAUAUUUCGUGUUUUUUAAAGUUUUUUAAAUUAAAUAUUGUGUUCCAUUUGUAUUUUAGUAUCUAAGACUUAAACGUAAACCGUUUUUAAUCAACUCACAACUCGAAUUUAUUCACAUUGCCUGCUCUCACAUUUAUUGUAGUACAUGUGCUCGUAUAUAAGCACUUCACUUUAUUGUAGGUAUGGUGCCGCUUAAAAAACAAGUAGUGCACAAUAUACAAAAAAAAAAUUAUAUACUAAGCCUUAAUAGCUCUUUGUGAAAUAAAUUAUUUUCCAUAAUUUUGCUUGCUUUAACAGUAGUGCCCUUUACAUCUAAUUUGCCUUAUUGUUAACUGAAUUGAAUGCAAGUGAUAUUGAUCGAAAAGUUGCUGAGAGGGUGGGGACAAAUAGCUUGAUAUUGCUGUUUUUUUAGCUUAAAUCCGAAUAUAAUGUAGUGUGUUGUGCGAGUAGAUAUGACGUUUUAUUGAAAUAUUUUAAAUAAGGAGACUGACUACGAUAACAUGCGCGCGGUAGCUUCCCUUAUUCUUAGCCUUUAACUCAUUUUUUCGAAUUAGUUAGCUUCCAUAUUGCAUAAGUGCACUUCCAAAAGGUAAUAUAAAAUGUUGCAGAAAAAGUGUGUCCAGCGUGUACAUUUUUUUCUGAUUUUGAUAGAUGAGCGCUUCGAACAAAUGACGCUUUGAACUUUAUACAAAGCGUAGUUUUGUUGAAUGCGUGCUUUAAAGUAUUGGAUCGAGUUGUUCUCCAUUUUUGCCAAACGCAAAAACAAAAACAUUAAAACAUUUUUUUUAAUCAAAGUUAACAAGUCGUUAAAAUAAUUACCUUAUGGUAAACAUAAAGUAUAGGAUUCAUUUUAAAUCAUGACAAUCAGCUGUUCAAAGCUGAAAUUCCAUUGACUUUUUCUAUUUUAGCAACUUCGAUUUUUUUUUGGCAAAUUGAUAUUUGCUCACACCUUAAACUACCGAAAUUUUUUUAACGCGUUAGGGACCUUGAGCAUCAAUUUUCAUUGCAAUUUACACACGGUGACACCUGGAAAUACAGUUUACAUUUAAUAUGUGUAUGAAUAUACAUAUCUUAUACAAUUACACACCAUUAGAAAGCUGAUUUGCGGAAUUUAUUGAACUGGUCAUUAGGUCUUACUCGAACAUUGAACAAAGAACUUAACAAAAAUUAUUCAUUUACCGUUCUUAUAAGAGAAUUUUCUAUGAACGUGAAUAUUUAAACGUAACUUUUAUAUUUACCUACGUACAUACAUAUAUCUAGAGCAUAUUAUACAAUUAUACACAAUUAAAUUGAAACAAAAAAAUACUAGAAGGUAAUGCUAUGAAUAUCUUUUAAAACAAAAUAAUUACCCUAAAAAUGGGACAUUUAUCAAUUAAUAUAUACAAGUAUAAAAUGUGAGUAGAAUUAUUCAUUGCAUUUUGCCACCUAACAACCCAUAUGUAUCAGAUAUAGAAAUUAUUACGACUGAUUUGUUUAAAGAAAAUUCUGCAAAAUCAGAGAGAUCGCCAAAUACCAUAGCAAGGUAAAAAGUACAUGAUUACAUAUUGAACUACAUGUUUACAAGUGCAUGCUAAUAUACAUACGUUUUUACUUACAAACACACUAGUUGCAUAGAAAUGCAUAGAAAUAUGGAUGGAUUUAAAUAACAUACCAACAAAAAUAUGAACUGAUUUAGUGCAGUAAUAAGAAAUAUGAAUUGAAUGAAGCUUAUCGAAGCGCGGAACCCAGCGGAAUUAUAUUGGGUAUAUACAAGUACAUACAUACAUACUUGUGUUUAAUUAAUUACCGGUAAAGAACCACAAAUGCCCGUAGUGGUACAAGAUAGAAUGACAGCAAAUACAUACAUAUGCAUGUAACUAACAGCAACCACUAACUAAAGUGGCCGAUAUUAGAAAUAAAAUAAAUGUUAAAAAUUCGAAAUUA